AUGUAUAAAGACAUAAUCUAUGUAUUCAUGAAGGUUAUUUUGUGCGCCAAACCACAAAUCUUGGAAGCUGUGAACUUCACAGCUUCACAGUGUGAAGUUGACGACGCCUGUACUCAAGCGCAAGCGGCUUCGCACCGCGCGAAUCGCGCGACUCGGUUUCUUCUGAUGCGCGAUGCAUCGAACGUCAUAUCACCUCGAUCUUAUCGCCUCUUCUCAUGCCUUCACACCAAUGAUUCAUUCUCUGUCUCCUUUAGCAGCUUGGACUACGUGGCGACGCGUGCUAUGCAGUCUGUAGCUCAGGACGCCCUUGACCGCGCGCUGGAUGACCCGGCCGUGACGCAGGACCAUCGCGAGAGGCAACGCCAGGAUGCUGAGGACGCGGCGGUCCGCGAGAAGCAGAACGCGGCCGAUCGCCUCAAGAAGAUGACGCGCAAGCAGAUCGGUGCGUAUGGCUUCACGGACAUGUUGGGGCUCGGCGACGAGGGCAACGUGGUGAAGAUCAAGACAAGGAGAAGUGCUCCACGGCCGAUGAUGUUGGCCCCGCCAACUCUAACUGUCAGCGCGUGCAGAAGGCGCAGACAUGCGCGAGAAGACAAGACGAAGCAGGAGAAGAAGGUCAAGUACGAGAAGGAGCUGCUUACCGAGGACAGGGACCGCAAGGACAAGGCCGAGAAGAGGAACGUGAAGAGGAGAUGCAGCAGGAAGUCAUCGACAGACUUAGCUCCGGGCUGA